AUGAGUGAGCGUGUGAGUGACGAGGCUGUGACAAAGGCCAUGGGGGAAAUAUCAAGCAGGGCUUCUUCACGUAGGCAUGGAGAUACUUCGCCAUACAUUCACAAGGUGGAAUCUCCUCCUAAGCAAACACUUCUCCAGGAGAUUAAAUAUUCUGUGGUGGAGACUUUCUUCCCAGACAAACCAUUAGACAAAUUUAAAGACAAAAGUUGGUGUAGAAUGUUUCUAUUAGGCCUGCAGUCUCUCUUCCCUAUUUUUGAAUGGGGGAGAUAUUACAAUCUUAAAAAGUUCAAAGGUGAUUUCAUUUCUGGACUCACUAUUGCAAGUCUAUGUAUACCUCAGGACAUUGCAUACGCAAAACUAGCGAAUUUGGAUCCCCAAUAUGCACUUUAUACCAGUUUCGUGACCCCUCUUGUGUAUGCUUUUAUGGGAAGCUCAAGAGAUAUUGCCGUUGGACCCGUAGCAGUAAUUUCCCUCAUGCUUGGGACUAUGCUAUCCGAUGAGAUCAGUGACUUCAAAAGUCAUGAAUACCUGCGUCUUGCAUUUACUGCCACCUUCUUCGCAGGAGUCACUCAAAUGGCACUUGGUGUUCUCAGGCUUGGUUUCUUGAUUGACUUUCUGUCUCAUGCUGCCAUCGUGGGAUUCAUGACUGGAUCUGCCAUUACUAUUGCACUGCAACAGCUUAAGGGUUUGCUUGGCAUAAAAAACUUCACUAAGAAAACUGAUAUUGUUUCUGUCAUGCGCUCGGUUUUCAGUUCAGUGCACCAUGGGUGGAAUUGGGAGACAAUAGUCAUCGGAUUAGCAUUCUUGGUUUUCCUUCUUGUAGCCAAGCAUAUUGCUAAAAAGAAUAAGAAACUCUUUUGGGUGGCUGCAACUUCUCCGAUGAUUUCUGUCAUAGUGUCUACCGUUUUGGUCUACAUAACCAGAGCAGACAAGAAAGGCGUGGCAAUUCUGAAACAUGUUAAGAAGGGUCUGAAUUCAUCAUCUGCUGGUGAGAUUUUUUUCAGUGGAAAAUAUCUGGGCUCUGGUAUUCGGGUUGGUGUGGUGGCUGGCAUGGUAGCACUCACGGAAGCUGUAUCAAUUGGGAGAACAUUUGCUGCCAUGAAAGACUAUUCACUGGAUGGCAACCAAGAAAUGAUGGCAAUGGGAGCAAUGAACAUUAUUGGUUCUUUAGCAUCUUGUUAUGUGUCUACAGCUAUCACCGUCACAACAACAAGAGUUGUUUCUGAUGUAGGCGGUUUUUCUCGCACGGCAGUGAACAACAUGGCCGGUUGUAAAACUGCUGUAUCAAACAUCGUUAUGUCCAUUGUUGUGUUAUUGACUCUGCUACUCAUUACGCCACUAUUUAAGUACACUCCAAAUGCGGUGCUUGCUUCUAUUAUAAUAGCUGCCGUGCUUGGCCUUGUGAACAUUGAAGCUAUUAUGCAUUUAUGGAAGAUUGACAAGUUCGACUUUGUUGCUUGCAUGGGAGCCCUCUUUGGUGUGGUCUUCAUAAAUGUUGAGAUUGGCCUUCUAAUUGCGGUGGCUAUAUCUUUUGCCAAAAUCCUUUUACAAGUGACAAGGCCAAGGACUGCAGUACUAGGGAAGCUUCCAGGAACUACAGUUUAUAGGAACAUACAACAAUACCCCAAAGCAACCCAAAUUAAUGGCAUGUUCAUUGUCAGGGUUGACUCUGCAAUCUACUUCUCAAACUCCAACUACGUUAAGGAGAGAAUUUUGAGAUUGCUGACUGAUGAAGAAGCCCAAAGGACAGCAAAUGGAUUGUCCAGAAUAGAGUAUCUCACUGUUGAGAUGUCACCUGUUACUGAUAUCGACACUAGUGGCAUCCGGGCCUUUGAAGAGUUAUACAAGAUCCUUCAGAAAAGAAAAGUCCAGCUUAUCUUGGCAAACCCAGGGCCAAUUGUAAUAGAGAAGCUCCAUGCAUCAAAGUUAACAGACAUCAUUGGAGAAAAUAACAUAUUUCUAACAGUGGCUAAUGCUGUUUCAACUUUUUCGCCAAAGGGUGAAGGAGUAGUGUGA